GUUGGAUGUUUCUGCCCUUUUCCACCAGCAUCAUAAACCUCUGUUGUGCCGUGCUUGUGUUUGUCCAUCAGUAUCUGUUCCCGGACGCAGCUCUGGAUAAAGCAGACUGGAGCGAGGUCAGAUCCACGCAGGAACCGGAUCACCAGCACCUCUAUAAUCAGCUGAAGUCUGCUCCGAGCGACAGUCUGACGUACCGUCUGGCCCUGUGUGUCUGUAUGGUGAACUUCCAUCACGGAGGAGUGCGCGCCGUGGCUCACCUGUGGCAGGAGUUUGUGCUGGAGAUGCGCUACCGCUGGGAGAACAACUGCCUGAUCUACGGGUGAGA